AUGGUCGACUACCUCGUCUCCACCUGCGGCGUCCCGCAGGCCAAGGUCGCGAAGGCGGCCCCGCGGUUCGCGCACCUCAGAUCCCCGGACAGGCCCGACGCCGCGCUCGCCUUCCUCCGCUCGCAGGGCCUCACCCGCGCGCAGGUCCGCGCCGUCGUGACGUUACACCCGACGCUGCUCCUCAGGGACGUGGACGCCACCAUCGCCCCCAAGUUCCGCGCCGUGCGGUUACUGAUGAAAUGCCUCGCCAAGAAGUGGCUGCUCAAGUACAGCGUCGACUGGCUCAAGGACAGCAUGUCCACGCUCCGCGGCUACGGCGUCCCCGAGGCGCGGCUCGUCGCCACGUUGCGGCAGAGGCCGGCGUUGAUCAUGCGGUCGCCCGCCAGGCUCCGGGCGCUGGCCGCGCGCGUCGACGCGUGCGGGGUGCCACGCGGCUCCUGGAUGUACGCGUGGGCGCUCCUGGCGCUGCACUGCGUCAGCGACGCCGCGUUCCGGGCCAAGAUGGCCGCCGUGAUGUGCGCGACCGGAUGCACGGAGCAGGAGUUCCUCGCCAUGUUCCGGCGCGCACCGUGCUUCGUGGGCAUGUCCACGGAGUUGCUGCGCCGCAAGGUGGAGUUCCUGAUAGGCACCGCCGGGUGCGGCGCCGACGACAUCGUUAGGAACCCCGUGUUGCUGACGUACAGCCUCAGCAAGCGGAUGGAGCCGCUGUGCCGCGCCAUCGAGGCCUUGAAGGCCAGAGGCGUGGACGUCGGCAAGGAGCGGCUGGUGACCAUCUUGAGAAAGCCGGAGGUCAGGUUUAUGGAGAGGUACAUACUGAGGUAUAGCCACCAGGCGCCUGAACUGCUUGAGCUGUAUCCUCCUGACCACCACAAUGGUAGCUUGAGUGGCGAUUCGUCCACCAUUGGCAGCAGCUCGCAGUCAGAGGGUGAUUGA